ACACACAAAUAAAAAAUUGAAACAAGAAUUGAAAUGGCAACACAACAUGAAUUGGAGCAUCCCAAUAAGGCCUUUGGUUGGGCAGCUAGAGACACUUCUGGUGUUCUUUCUCCUUUCAACUUCUCUAGAAGGGAAACAAGUGAAAAAGAUGUAGCGAUCAAAGUUUUGUAUUGUGGCAUAUGUCACUCUGAUCUCCACAUGGCCAAAAAUGAUUGGGGCAUAUCCACCUAUCCACUAGUACCCGGGCAUGAGAUAGUUGGAAUAGUGACAAAAGUGGGAAGCAAAGUAGAAAAGUUCAAAAUUGGAGAGAAAGUGGGUGUGGGCUUCAUGGUUGAUUCAUGUCGAUCAUGUCAAAAUUGUAGUGACAAUCUUGAAAAUUAUUGCCCUAAACCCUAUACACCCACAUCUGGUGGCAAGCAUAGUGAUGGAAGCAUAACAUAUGGAGGCUAUUCUGACUCAAUUGUUGUUGAUGAGCACUUUAUUGUUCACAUUUCUGAUGGUUUACCACUUGAAUCUGCUGCUCCACUCCUCUGUGCUGGUAUCACUGUUUAUAGUCCUCUUAAAUAUUUUGGACUCGACAAACCUGGUUUGCAUAUUGGUAUUGUUGGUCUUGGUGGACUUGGUCAUUUGGCUGUCAAGUUUGCCAAAGCUUUUGGUGCUUAUGUCACUGUCAUUAGUACUUCUCCCAACAAAGAGAAAGAAGCCUUGGAACACCUAGGUGCUGAUUCAUUUCUCGUAAGCCGUGACCAAGAUAAGAUGCAGGCUGCAAUGAACACAUUGGAUGGUAUUCUUGAUACAGUUUCAGGGGAUCAUUCCCUCUUACCUCUACUUGGAUUACUAAAGUCUCAUGGAAAACUUGUAAUGCUCGGUGUACCAACCAAGCCUCUCGAGAUCUCCGCUUUUCCUUUAAUUUUAGGGAGAAAAUUGGUAGCUGGAAGUGCAAUUGGAGGACUGAAGGAAACUCAAGAGAUGAUUGAUUUUGCAGCUAAGCACAAUGUAAAACCUGAUGUUGAAAUCAUUCCUAUGGAUUAUGUUAACACAGCAAUGGAACGACUACUCAAAGCCGAUGUUAAAUAUCGAUUUGUGAUUGACAUUGGAAACACUCUAAAACCAAGUUCUUAAAUUUUGCCCCACAUUCCCAUUUGUCAAAAAUAAAAGAAAUUGCAGAACUAUACUUUAUGUAGUUGGAGAUAUUUUCAAAUGAAUAUCACAAUUAAUGUUUUGUUUUCUUUAUUUAUUAAUAAUGUGCUCAUUUUAAGAUAUGAUAACA